UCCCCGGGCCCCCGGCGGGUCGGCAGGCCGGCUGUGGACGGAGGCGAGCCCUUUGGGGGCUGCCGGGGGAGGGGGGGGAGGGGCGCUUGUCAAAAUAGUCUCGCGCACAUGCGCGCGAGGGCAGCAGCCCUUCCCCCCCUCCGGGAAAUCAGCAGCGGAGCGGUCCUCCGCACCCCCCUCUCGCCCCGAGCGGGCCUGUGGUGCCAAGACAGCCGCAGAGCAAAGUAGGGCUGACCAGCGAAGCCUGCCCCCUUCCUCCUUCCGUCCCGGGGCGGGGGCCCAGCCGGGAAGACCCGCGACGGAGGACAGGGCGGGCGGAGGGGCUCCUCCGGCUGCUGCGAGGGCGCUUCUCUGCGGACCUGCCUUUAGGAUCCCUCGCCAAUUAUUCUCCCGCAGACCCCACGCGGGUGGCAGAAUAGGAAGGCGAUGCACCAGCGCACAGCCCACGGCGCUGUAAUGCUGGACUGCGCUCUGGUGGAGUAGGCGGCAGGAAUGCCCCCCCCCCCUCCUCCUCCUCCUCCACACGAGCGCUGGCAUUUGCAGCAACACCCCGGGGGCUGCCUCAGGGCCCGGCUUCUGAGUCUGAGCGCUGCCGCGGCUGGCCACUGGGCGGGGGAAGUCCUUUGGCGCUGCUGGCAUCUGUGCCACCUUCUGGCAGCGGCUCAUAUUUUGAAUUUGGACCAGCAAACGACUUCGAUGCACUUUGGGGGCGGGCGGGGAAUGAAUGGGCCGGCUGGAGGAGACUGGGCCGAGGAAAACGCUUGGCGCGGGCGAACAUGCCCUCAAAGCGACUCCCAAGCCUGUUGCUGUGCCCUUGCAAGACCCCUGCGACUGGGCGCUCUGGUGCCAACGCGGGUCGCGGGGGAUUCCUGCGAUGAGAAGGAACCGUGUGACUAAAAUACCUUCCCUCGCCCCGCCCCGCCGCAAACAUUGGGCGUUUCGUAGCAAUCGCCGGCUCGACCAGCGCGAAAGCUUCCUGGUCCCAGCUGGACUACAUUUCCCGGCGACCCUCUCGACGGAACUGCGACUGCUUUGGCCGGAAGUGCCCGCCCCAAUGGCGCUGGUUGGCUGGCCGGCGCGUGACGCUGCGCUCGGGGGAGGGGAGGAGUGAAGAUGGCGGACCCGCCGAGCGCCUCUCCGGAGGAACCCUGGCCCGGGAAGGUGGACCCAUCCUUUAGUGACAACGGGUUGGAUCCUGCACUCUUUGUGGAAAGCAGGAGGAAAGGGAGUGUUGUGUCUCGGGCAAACAGCAUCGGCUCCACUAGUGCCUCUUCUGUACCAAAUACAGUUGACAAGGACUGUUCUCCUGCUGCAGAUGACGAAGACUCGGAUUACCAGCAGGAGACCUAUAAAGAAAUAUACAAAGACCGCCGCCGUCGUGCUCACACCCAGGCAGAGCAAAAGAGGCGGGACGCCAUUAAGAAAGGCUAUGAUGACCUGCAAGCAAUUGUGCCCAUGUGCCAGCAGCAGGAUUUCUCAAUAGGCACCCAGAAGCUAAGCAAGGCAGCUGUGCUACAGAAGACUAUUGACUACAUUCAGUUCUUGCACAAGGAAAAGAAGAAGCAGGAAGAAGAGGUCUCCACGCUCCGGAAAGAUGUGAUGGCCUUGAAAAUCAUGAAAAUAAACUAUGAACAGAUUGUCAAAGCUCAUCAGGACAACCCCAACGAGGGGAAGAACCAGGUCUCUGACCAGGUGAAAUUCAACGUUUUCCAGGGUAUCAUGGACUCCCUUUUCCAGUCCUUCAAUGCCUCGAUCUCUGUGACAAGCUUUCAAGAACUCUCAGCCUGUGUCUUCAGCUGGAUCGAGGAGCACUGCAAACCACAGACCCUACGAGAUAUUGUCAUCAGUGUCUUGCAGCAACUGAAGAGCCAGCUCUACUAACCACCCCAUGCGCUCAGGUAGCCCAAGAGAUAGACAGCUGUAUGAGGAUAAGGAGCCUGAUGCUGCUUCCUCUGCAAGGUUUUUUGGGACUACUGACAGCAUCUACCUUCGAAAUACUGUUCACUUGCGGUUCUUUCAAAUGAGGUAAAGAUCUGCUAAACUAUCCGUGAGAGGCAGCGUCUCUGCUGUGUGGACCUUUAUGCCUGAGAAGUUCAUCUGUAACACACCGCCCCUGGUGUUCUGCAAGGGUACAGAAGGGUACUGAGGCCUGAACUUCCUCUGAAUCUUCCUCUCCACUUAAUCUGUGGCUGUGAUUUUAAGCUGUGGUAUUACUAGAAGCAAUCAACUUCAAAGCAGAGUUUUUUAUCUACUCUGUUUUGCACAAUUUGUAUGCUAGGGAAAGCCAAGUGCUGUAAUAGCUUUUGCAUGUCUUAGCAAUACACAGUAACCCUAAAGCCCAUUCUUUGACCAAGCUUUCUUUAAGCUUUCUGGGUUUGUUUUUUGAUUGAUUAUUGUGCCUGUUAGCAAACCCGGGUCUGAUGGCCUUCAGCAGCACAGCGGAAAGGGCAAGCCUUUUCCGAGCCGGGAAGUGAGAGCCAGCCGACCCUAAGAGAGCUGCUGCUUCCUGUUCUUCACUUAUAAAGAUCAGCUCCUCGCUCCUUUGGAGGUGCCCCUUUCUGGAUCAGCUACAGGAGAGAUUCUGAUGCAAGCAGACCACAGCUGUGAAAAAUGUAAACAAAUUUUUAUAAUGUCGCAAGCAGUUUUAAUAAUAAUUGGUCAAUGUUUUGAA